AUGUUGGUUCCUUCAAAUGGAUCUAGUAGAAGCUUGCCGAAUCCCACCCCUUGUUUGAGUUACUGGCAACGAACAACCCGAGCCUAUCCCAAUUUGGAGGCCAAUUCCGAGACUCAGGUUCCAUCGGAGUCAAAGUACGUCGUUGUAGGCUCUGGAAUAUCAGGUGGUUUAACAGCCUUCGAACUGAUCGAACGCGGGGUAAACGCUGAGGAUAUCGUGAUUCUCGAGGCUCGCGAGGCUGCAAGUGGCGCAAGCUCACGGAAUGCUGGACAUAUCCGACCAGAUGCGUUCAGGGGCUAUACCGCUUAUUCAAAGGUGCACGGAGAAGAACAAGCAUUGGAAAUCAUCCGAGAUGAGCGACUGGUCUUGGAAAGAGUUGAUCAAUUUGUCAAAAAGCAUAACGUGCAAUGCGACUUCAAUUUGACGACAACCUUUGACGUAUGCAUGACCCACGAGUUUGCAGCUUAUGAGGCAGAGAGCCUGGAAGCGUUUAAGAAAGCAGGAGGGGAUACGUCGCACAUCAAAUACUAUGAGGGAGAUCAAGCUCAGCAGAAGACUAGGGUUCCAGGAGCUGUAGCAGCCUAUGAGUGGCCAGCAGGAUCAAGUCACCCCGCGAAGCUUGCGCAGUUCCUUCUCCAGGCAGUAAUAUCCAAGGGUACGAAGUUGUUCACAUUCUGCCCUGCCACCAAAAUUGAACGGCACGCUACCACCCCAGAUACCUGGGAUGUUCACACACCCCGAGGAAUAAUAGCAGCAGAGAAAAUUAUCCACUGCACGAAUGCCCAUGCCGCCUUGCUCUUGCCGCAAUUGGAGGCAUACAUCAGACCAAACCGUGCCCAGGCUCACUCUCUCAUUCCCGUUCCUGCUUUCGUGGGACAGAAAGCCUUGCAGAAUACUUUCUCGCUCCGCUACAGCCUUCUUCACUUUUACUCCUUGAUUCAACGCAAAGGAGAUGGCACUUUGAUAUUGGGUGUAUCGCGAUCAAACCCGACAAUGAGUGCUGAAACAAGGAAAGGGGUGCUCAGCACCGACGACACUUCAUACAGUGAGGAGGUUGCCCAAGACGCUCUGCGAAGCUUUGGAGAUAUGUUCCCUGAAUAUGCAUCUCAUACUGCUAUGCAUGGCGAAGGCUUGGAUCAUGCCUGGACCGGUAUCAUUGCUAUGACUACUGACUCUGUUCCUUUCGUUGGAGCAGUUGAUUCUCUCCCUGGGCAGUAUAUUUGUGCUGGCUUCAAUGGACAUGGUAUGGCACGGAUAUUUACAUGUGCUCCAGCCGUCGCUCAGCUUGCACUUGGAAAGGCUUGGGAGGAAACAGGGCUUCCAGAGUGUUUCCAGUUCAGUGAAGAAAGGCUUUCACGACUUUCGAGCGGAGAAUUGCCUUCGAUUUGGUAA